AUGCCAAGAGGUUCACUCAACAAUGUCAGCCAUAUCUUCAAGAGGGUAGUCAUGGCUGCGGCGGGACCUCUCCCCGUGCAGAACACAAUCGAGCAGUUCAAGAAUUGGGCUAGACAACGCAAAGGCGUGUUUUUGGAUACAUUUGACGAAAGCGUCACUCAUCUACUCUGUUCCAAGGAGCAGUUCGAAGCCCAUGGUCCCAUUAUCAAACAUGCCCUCAAAAGCGGCUGCUACAUAGUCGACUACGACUGGUUCCUCCUCGCCAUGGGCGGUGGCCACGAAUCUCGUCGUCCCGAAUAUUAUCAUAAUCUUCGCAUCGAGUAUGACAAGAAGAAAGAAGAUGAGCGUAAGAUGAAGCGCCUCGAAGACGGAAAACGGCUAGGAGAGCGCUUCAUCGACCCUAACCUGUAUCAUGUAUACGUGGAUGACCUGCUAUUUCCAUACGAAAUUGAAUUGACUCGAUUUGUUCCAGAGACAGGUCAUGUGGAAAAGCAUACUCUCUACCUUUAUGAAUCCAAUGCGAGACCGCAUCUAUAUUGGUUCGGAGCCAAGUUCUCGAAACGGAAAGGCGAUUCACGGCCGCACUAUCAUUUGGAGACUGAAUAUCCCACCACUUAUGACAUUCAGCUAAGUGCUCUCAAGCAGUACUUUGAAAAGAAGACUGGGAUCGAAUAUGAAGAGCGGUUGGUUAGAUUUGCUACCAGGCCUGCUGAUAAGUUUCAGUACACACCACCGAUGAGGGGAAAGUCCACCGGGAGAUAUAAAUUGUUCUCUCGGGAUUAUUGUUUUGAGCUGAAUAGGGCUCUCAGGGGACUCUCUCCUGAAGAAGAUGUGGUUGAUAACAGAGCCCAGGGUACGACAGACACGCAGGACGAAGGUGUUGGUUACGACAUGAGCGAUGCUUUGGAGGGACAAUUUACGGAUGUGAUGGAUGUUAGUUCAACUGAUGAUCAGGGGAAUAAUGAGAUGGAGGUAAUCGAGGCUGAUACGCCCAUGACGGAGUUUGACACGGAUGACGAAGAAAUGGACGCAGAUUGCAAAUAA